AUGGUGACAAAAAGCUUAUACUGCUGCUUCUUAUUCUUUGCUAUCAGUCUGUCAGUUCGAGUCGAACCUCAACGAUGUCAUGGAUUAGCUCAAUACGAUCAAUGUUCAACGAAUAGUGCAUGCGGUUGUUUUCAUUCUAGUUCUACUACUGAUAGUGGCAUCUGUGGUUUCCGCUGGUUAACGUGUUCUGAACUUGUUUCGUGUGCACCUAACACUAAUAUAUGCUUCGAACCUGAUCAUGUUUGUGUUCACCAUCCUGAAUGUGACAAUCUGUCAUUGUGUUAUCCGUUGUCGAUGGCCAGCGACGAACUAUGCCCGCCGAUGUCAUCAUUAACAACACCAAAUCAUUUAACUUCAUCUUCUCCGUUGGAUUCGAACGGUGAAAUUUGUGUGACGGCGACAUGGGCUUCGAAUGGAAUCACUGUUGCCGGUGGAAAGAAUUUUGGGUCCGAUCUCGAUCAGUUGGCUGAUCCCUAUGGAAUUUUUCUUGAUGCUAACGAUACUAUGUAUGUGGCAGAUCGUUCUAACCAUCGUAUCAUCACAUGGGAACAAGGUGCUUCGAUUGGUCAGUUAGUUGCUGGCGUGAAAUGGGAAAAUAAUCGUAAUCUGCUAUUAAAUAUGCCGCAGGAUGUUGUCGUUGAUAAAGACGGAACAAUGUACAUUACUGAUGGGGGUAAUUGGCGUGUUCAGCGAUGGCCUCGUGGUGCUCAAGACGGAGAAACGAUGGUUGACAACAUCCAGGCUGUCGGCAUAGGACAAGAUGACGAAGGAUCGAUCUAUGUGUCUGAGUACGCAAAUGGUCGAUUAACAAAAUGGCGUGUGAAUGAGACAACUGGACAAGUGAUUCCCACAAGAUUGCAUCAUUCUAACUUUUUGUUUGUUGAUCAAGAUCAAUCCAUCUACGUGGUGGGUUAUAUGAGUCACCAAGUUGUGAAAAUAACUGAAGGAAGUGAAGAAGCCGUUAUUGUUGCUGGUCGAUCUGAUGACUCAGGUAACGGUGCAGACCAACUAGCUUUCCCGACAGGUGUUGUUGUCGAUCAGUUGGGUACUGUCUAUGUAGCUGACACUCAGAAUCAUCGAAUAAUGCGUUGGCCGAAAGGGGCAACAUCAGGUAAUCUGAUCGUUGGUGGUCGUGGCCCUGGUCCUGAAUCCGACCAACUUAAUUAUCCUUCUGAUCUAUCAUUUGAUCGAUACGGAAAUCUAUACGUGACUGAUACUCUCAAUAAUCGUGUGCAAAAAUUCAUCAUCGACAAAAGUUCAUGUCAGAAAAAUGAGGAAAAUACAUCCUCUCCCCACAAUUGA